UCGGUCACCGAUAGACCGCCGCUACUGGGCCUCGACUUGAACGCCAUUACCAAUCUGGGGGCUCAGCGAUCGUUGCCUCCCUGUCCGCCACCACCCGGGCCACCAGUAAUCGAUCGGAACUACCAGAACGUGACGGUAGUAGCCGGCGCUACAGCCGUGUUUGACCCGCGCUAUAACGGUAUACCGCAGCCUCAGGUCUCGUAUUAUAGGUCAGUGCGGCUCCUGUACGCCGACGGCCGUAUUAAUCCAUCCGAAAAGCUCGUUAUAGCCGGCUGUACACGUGGUCUCGAUAAAGGCAUAUACUCUCUGGUUAUUAACAAUUCCUUAGGUAUGGACACAAUAAACUUCGAGAUCGAGGUGCUGGACAUAUCGCAACCACCCGGCGCUCCCAUCAAAAUACUAAACAUAGACUACAAUAAAGUGACACUCAAUUGGUCGCCUCCGGAAGACACGGGAGGCUUACCUCUUAUGCACUAUUUAGUUGAGAAACAAGAGGUUCCUAUGGACAGCACCGGCCGAGUUUUGGACACACCUUCCGUGCCCUCCCCUCCGUGGACAGAGGCCACCAAAACCGCCAAAACAAACAAAACAAUCGGACCGUUAGUGCCGGGAAAACCGUACAGGUUUCGGGUGCGAGCGAUCAACCAAUUAGGACCUUCGGCGCCGUUAGAACUGCCGGAUAUCAUAAUACCCAGAGGUGUGCCCACCCGGCCCUACAACGUACGGGUGUUGAACAAUACGAUUGUGGCUAAACUCGAUUGGCAGCCACCGACCAGCGAUAACGGCGGUCCCGUUACGAGCUAUAUACUAGAGUACCGGGAGGUGCCGAAAGGGAACUGGAUCAUUGGUCUGCAAACACCCGAUAAUAUACCCACGACUACUGUCUCUCAAGUCAUACCCAAAAAGAAGUACGAGUUUAGGGUUAUUGCCAUCAACUCUGUGGGUCGUAGUGAGCCCUCGAAGCCAACACAAAACACAUUAAUUAAAGACAAUAACAACGCGCCGACCAUUGAUAGGACAAACCUGAGGGACAUGGCUGUGGACAGGGGUCUACCCCUCAAACUCGAGACCGUAGUGUCCGGGUCGUCACCCAAGGAUAUCGAGUGGAAAAUAAACGGUGAGGAAUUGGAUGACACCAACCCUAACGUCAACAUCAAAGUCCGUAAAAAUGGAGUCACUUUAGCCAUCAAAUCAAUGGAUACGCCACUGGAAGGCGUAUACACUAUAACUGCUAACAACUCCGCGGGCAGGGAUGAGGUGUCGUUCAAAGUGACCAUCAAUGGACCUCCCGGUGCUCCCUUACCUCCAUUCGAAGUGGAGCCUAACGAAAAUACACUGGUGUUGAGCUGUAAACCCCCGGUCAGUAACGGCGGUAAACCCGUCUCAGGCUAUAUAUUUCAAAAACUGGACAAAUCUACCGGCGCUAUCGUGCAGUUGGCUAACGUGCUGUGCAUACAGCCGGACCCGAGCUUAUGCUGUCGGGCUAUAGUAAGCCGGUCACUCGGUGCCGAAAUAGACGGCCUGUACUUUGUGGCGGCUGUUAAUAGUAUAGGUGUUUCGCCGUCACUAAAUAGGACAGUAGACAAACCGCCGGCGCCUUAUGACCUCCGUGUCGUGGAUAACCUGGAACGGGCUGUUUUGGACUGGAAGGCACCCAAUAAUACUGACCCCAAGUAUCCCAUACAUAGUUAUGUGGUGGACGUGAAACCCGCGCCAAUUGGAGACUGGUUUAGAGCCGUACAGACACCGGAUAACGAUACCCGAGCACUGGUGCCUACUGUGAAACCCGGACAGACCUACAACUUUAGGGUCAGUUCGGUCAACAGCAUCGGUAUUAGUAAACCAUCUGAGGUCACACCAGACGUGUUGAUCAAAGCCAAUAAGAGUGGCCCGCAUAUCGACAAACUUAACCUCAAAGACAUUAACGUCGAUAAGGGACAGCCUAUGAGAGUAGAGGCGCCCAUCACGGGAGCACCACCUCCGGAUGUGGUCUGGAAACUGAACGGAACGGUAUUGGACGCACGGGCGGCUAAUAUCAACUUCAACGUCGACGGGAAUAAAGUGAUUUUAAGCGUUAAUUCAAUGGAUAAACCACUGGAAGGCAUAUACACUAUAACUGCCACCAACCCCGCGGGAACAGAUGAGACCUCAUUCAAAGUGACGGUUAAUAUACAGCCCAACCCACCCCUUCCACCACUACUGGUAGAGCCUAACGGAACGGCUAUAGUCUUAAGCUGUAAACCGCCGGAAAAUAAUGGCGGAAAACCAGUUAUUGGAUACGUGUUUGAAAAACUUGACAAAAGCACCGGUACUUGGAGAACAGUGGUAAGCGUGCGGUGCACGGAGCCGGAUAACAGCCAGUGUUGUAGGGCUACCCUAGACUCCUCAGUGAAUAAUGGCAUAGAGGGCCAGUACUCUGUGUUGGCCAUUAAUAGCAUCGGUAACUCCGCCCCAUUGAACGCGUCGGUGGACCGCCCGUCCCCACCGCAUAGCGUAUUGGUUGUGGACAGUAGGGAAAAGGCUGUACUCGAGUGGAUGCCACCCAAGACUACGGAUCCCAUGCGUCCGGUCACUGGCUAUGUGGUUGAGUCCAAGUCUGCGGCACCUAAUAGUGAGUGGGUUAAGGCUGCACAAACACCCGACCCCACCCCCCGGGCCACAGUUACCAGCGUUAAGCCCCCGGAAGCCCAUGCGUUUAGAGUAAGGGCUGUUAAUAACGUAGGCCUUAGCGAGCCCUCCGAGGCUACUCCAAGCGUACCGAUAAUACCCAAGAAUAACGCGCCGACCAUUGAUAAGACAAACCUGAAAGACAUUACUGUAGAUAAGGGACAGCCUAUAAGAGUGGAGGCUCCCAUCGCGGGAACACCGCCUCCGGAUGUGGUCUGGAAACUGAACGGAACCAUAUUUGACGGAAAGGGACCCAACAUUAACAUCAAAGCCGAGGGAAAUAAAGUGAUUCUUACCGUUAAUUCUAUGGAUAAACCACUGGAAGGCGUGUACACUAUAACCGCCAACAACUCCGCCGGAAGGGAUGAGGCCUCGUUCAAAGUGACCGUAAAUGCCGAACCCCCGGCACCUUUACCUCCAUUAGAAGCUGCACCCAAUGGCACAGCUCUGGUGCUAACAUGUAAAGCGCCGGCCGUUGCAAAUGGAAAGCCAAUCACUGGUUAUAUAUUUGAAAAGUUUGAUAAAAAGACAAAUGCGUGGAAAGCUGUGGGGAAAGCCAACUGUAGCGAAGAACCGGACAAUAGCCGGUGCUGUAAGGUUACCGUUAAGUCGGAUAAGCAGGGUGGUCUGUACUCUGUGAAGGCUGUGAACAAUGUGGGCAUUUCAGAGCCUUUGGUCCAAAAUAUCGGUCCUCAGUGUCCCCCAAAAGUGGAGGCAUUUAUUACACCGUUUAAUAUGACCUCGAAAUCCAUUUACUUGCAGUGGAAAGCAGUUAAUUACACCGAUGUCUCUCUAAUCGCCUAUCAUAUUGAGAGAUUAGAUGUCGGCCUCAAUACCAACUCUAAUGAGUGGACAGUCGUGUCGAAAACCAAUCAAACUAGUCAGUUGUUCACAGAUUUGAAGUGUAAUUCUAAGCAUAAAUAUCGGGUCAACGCUGUGGCCGAGUCAGUUAUACUCAACUGGAAUGCCUCCCAACAUGGCUGCGGAAGUCCUGUCAAGUCAUACGCUGUCGACAAACAAAGGGCCGGAACCGAUGUGUGGAAACCGGUGGGCAAUACCACCAAAACGAGGGUUAGGGUCACGAAUCUUGUGAAGAGAUCGCAAUUCCGGUUCCGCAUCCGAGCCCUCAAUGCUGUGGGAGAGUCGGAGCCAUUGAUAUCCGAUUGGGUCAACACCACCGAUGAUAAGAAUGACUGCUCUCAGCGGCAAUUAUACGGAAUGGUAGACGUGUCUAAUAUGACAGACACGGGACUGGAGUUGCAGUGGACAGCCUUUAAUGGCACGACCACUAAACCCAUUAUUUAUAUCAUUGAGAACCGUAAUGCGAGCACCGGUAGGUGGGAUACUGUUGGCAAUACCACUGAUAAUAACUAUUCGGUGGAGGAUUUGCAGUGUUUGACAGAAUAUAGUUUCCGAGUGAAGGCAUACGACGGGAAGUGCAAAACAUUGGAGUCCAAAGUCUAUAUCAACGGCAAAGACAUUGAUUACGGAAACCAAUUCCGGUUCAUAAUCACUGCCAGCAAUUCGUACGGCGUUUCCGAGCCUUACACCACAUUUUGGUUAUCGGCGGCGCAGUUGAAUCUAUCAGCACCUACCGUUCCCACGGCACCUACCGGUCCACUGACUAUCAAUCACACGCCCACCAAAACUAUACUCUUGGCUAAACCCCCGGUCAGUAAUGGCCGUAAAUCCAUUAUUGGCUACUCGUUUGAAAAGUUUGACAAACUCACAAACGUCUGGAUCAUUGUGUCAGUAGUGGAGUGUCAAGUGCCGGACGACCCCCUCUGUGCCCAAACCACAAUUGACGCCACGCCUCCCGACACUAUAUUCCGUGUGAAGGCCAUGAAUGAAAAGGGUUUAUCACCUGCACUGGACCAGUCCCAGGGCGAACCCUCGCCGCCCUCACCGCCCAUUGGUGUCAAAGUGGUCAACAAUAUAGGGAGCGCUGUGUUGGAGUGGUCGCCCCCUCCCGACCCCGUCAACUCUCCCAUCACUAACUAUGUGGUUGAGUCGCAGGAGUACCCGAGCGGGCCGUGGGUUAACGCCACCCAAACACCCGAUGCCGAACCCAAAACGGUUUUGGGUGACUUGAAAACCAAUCAAAUUUAUCGGUUUAGGGUUAGGGCUGUGAAUAGUGGGUCUUUGAGUGAGCCCUCACUGCCGACACAAAUGACAGUCAUAUUACCGGUAACUACCGGUCCGUCCAUUGAUAAGUCGAAGAUGAAAAACAUAACCACAGAUCCCGGAGCGCCCGUAAAACUGGAAAUACCGAUCAGAGGGGAAGUUACACCGGCACCGGAAGGUCCAUUAGUAGUCACACCUAACGGUCCGAUGAACACCCUAACCUGUAAACCUGUGGGUCCCAUCGAGAGGUUUAAUGUCACUAAAAAUCCGCUACAGGGUCAAGUUAUAAUCCUAUGGAAAGCGCCGGUAGAUGAAUGCGAAAGUCCUGUCAAUUACACCAUUGAGAAGCAAUACAAUGGAAAGGAGUCUAUAUGGCAGAAAGUGGGACAGACAGCCAAAACGAUAGUUAAGGUUAAGAAUCUGGACGCAGACACCACAGUAAGGUUUAGAGUGAAAAGUGUCAAUCAAUUCGGUGAGUCCGAGGGGUUGGUGUCCGACUGGAUGAGCGUUAACCCGCCGAUCGCUACUACCAUUACGGCACCGGUAGAUGAUGGCUGUCCCAUUACUUUCAAGAUUACUGGUUUGAUUGAACCCAAGAGUUUCGAUAAACAUAUGGUGAAAAUUGAGUGGCCAAAAGUGUCCACCCUAAAUGGUUUCUAUAAGGUCGAAAAAUUCAACAAAGACUCCGACAAAUGGGUGCCAUUCGUGAACACGACCGACAACUACCUGCUGUUGGAUGGCCUGCAAUACCUGUCCGGCGAACGCAUUCGCAUCAGUGUAACG